CGCGCGCACACCCUGGCGGCGGACAUUGCAACCAUUCAGUCAGUUCCGUUGUCCCGUGCCUGCGACAGGUUCUGGAAGGAAGUGACUAUCUUUGAUUGAGAGCGUUGCGCCAAGUGAGCAGUGAGGUGGGUUGCGAAAGCAACUUACGCCAUUCAACUGCACGGUCAACGUCUCCAGGCAGCUGGGACAAGUUUUCGACUGGCAACUGUUCAACUCGAGUGGAUUUCAGCAGAAAGAUAACGUGAUGCGAUAGCCAUGCGGGUCGUCGCCAUGAGGACUCCCGUCCCGGCCGCGCUCUCCCUCGCCGCCGUCCUGGCCGUGACACUGGCCGUGGCCUCCGCGCACGCAGCGCCGACGUCCGCCAUCGUGGGUGGGUUGGAGAUGUCCCUGCUGGACGGGCGCGCCUCCCCGGCGGGCCAGGGCCUCCAGCAGCAGCAGCAGCCGCAGCAGCAGCAGGGCGGCCGGCCGACCACGGCGCGCCUGGAGCGCGUGUACAGCAGCAGCGCCAAGCAGGCCGCCUACAAGGCCGGGGGCGCGGCCAGGCCGGCCAGCGAGUCGUACGCGCGCACCGGCACCCGCGUCCACCUCACGCCCGCCGGCACGCCGUCCGAGAACCCCGCGCCCUGCGCCGUCGCCGGCCGCCACUUUCUGCACGGACAACAGGUGACCCGCCCAGACCCUUGCGAGUUCUGCGUGUGCCUGGACGGCGAGGUGUUCUGCUGGUGGCAGGACUGCCCCCCUUCAACGGCUCAGGGCCCCUGCCGCGGCCGCGCGCCCUUCAGCAGCUGCCAGGACGAUUCGACGGCCGCGCCGGCUGCGUCAGCUGCGUCAGCUGCGGCGGCGCCCCUGGGAACCUCUGGGGACGUGAGCGGCGGCGCGUCGGAGCAGGUUUCACCUGAGGGCGACGGUGACGCCCCGGCCAACGACACCGCGGCCUCCUCGGCCGCCUCCACGGUCCCGCCCUCCAUCGCGGGGGCCGGCGUCGGAGCCGCCACGGGGGCCGACGCGACCUCGUCGGGAGGGCAGCCGACGACCGGGGCGGCGCAGGACCCGACGUCCAACCCACAGGCCGAGCUCCCCGAGCACUCCGAGCAAUCCGGCACCGAGGCGGCGUCCACGCCGACGGGGCCGACGGGCGCUGAGGAGGGCGGCACCGGCGCCAGCAGCAACAGCAACAGCAGCAGCAUCAUCAUCAGCAGCAGUGUGACGCAGGGGGUGGCCACCACGGCCAGCCCGGUCAACGCCACCACCACCAGCGCGCCCACCACCACGGAGCUCCUCUGUCACGUCCUGGGGAGCACCUACCGGGUCGGGGAAGUGCUGCCCCGGGACACGGGCUCGUGUCUGCAGUGCGAGUGCAGCCCCGUGGGCCGCGUCACGUGCUCGCCCAAGGACUGCCUGUCGGUGCGGGAGGAGGAGGACGUCUACCAGCCCGCCAGCAGCCUGGACAUGUUCGACGUGGACAGCUUCUAGGCUGUGGAGGUCGCCGUCACCUGACUAUAGCUGUGUGUGUGUGUGAGAGCGCGCGAGUGUGCGAGUAUGUUGGUGUGUGUGUGUGUGUGUGGAUGCGAGUUUGGGAGCGCCGGAAUGGGGUGAAGUGCUGGCCGCUGGCGGUUGUGGCGGUGGCCGCUGGGGCGAGAAGGGAGGGGUAGGCCUAGAGCAACGGGACAAAAGUUUGUGUGCGAGUGUGUGUGCAUCUGCUGUAUGUGAGCGUGUGUGUGUGUAAUAAGGGUGUGGAUUUGCGAGAGACGGAGAGUGAGUUGAUAAAAAUGCUCUCUUAUCUUAACUUGUAUUGCCCCUGUGAUUAACUUCCUGUUAGCUCCUCGCUUACUGGGUCAUUUUCAAAGUUGAUACUGUCAGCGUGUAAAAAACAUAAACCCACCCUGUGAUGAAAGUUAAAGAUUUUUUAGUCAGUUUUAUGGCGAGUGCUGGAUAACAUGCCGUAUGCUGCUGGAUGGGUAAAUUAUGAAUUCUUAUGAACAAAUGCAUCAGAACUCUCCACAAGUUUUAUUGCGGAUGAAACCAACCUCUUCAUGGCAAAUUGUUACGUUGGUUGAGAGAAAAGGGUAUUUGUCACAGUCAAGUAGAACUGAAUUUUGAUUAGACUUUAUCAAUCUCAUUAUAUUUAUAGCCAUAUGGAAACACAUGUUCUUGAAGUUGGAAAGAUAAAUGUUAUGUGGCACAAAUUAAGGUCUUGGAAGAGAGGGUGGAUUAAGGCAAGUUAAACAACAUGCUGGCCUAAUUUUAUGAGGAACUUAAAAUUUCUUUAUGUACAGUACAACCUUUGAUUUAGAGUUCAGUGAUAAUAAUAUUGAUAAAACUAAUAUUCUUAUUGCUUUAAAGCCAUUAAGAAAUAGUUUUGUUUUCUUUCUUUUUUUCUAUAGACAGCUUGAUUCUUUUCACAGCUGAGUGUAUGAUGAGUGAGUGAAUGAUAUACUGUAAGAUAAAGAGGAAUACGCUUGAAAAUAUUGUCACACUAAGCAAAAUCGAACCAUUUCAUUUUUAUGUUCACAUAUCUCUUUUCAGUACACAUCAAUUUCUGAUAGUCGGAACCAAGGUACAUAUCGCAUAAUGGAGGUAUGAAUGUGCCCAUGAAUGAGUUUUGUAGCUAUUGAAGGAAUUCAGAAAGAAAAAGAAAGUGACUUUGAUUGUUCGACAAUAAACAAAAUUUUUGGUGAAAGUUCUGCUUGUUGAAAACCAGGCCUCCAAAUGAAAAGUCCAGGCCAACGUAGAGGAUCAAUGAAGAGUCAUAUCCUGUGGACUUAAAUUGUUUGGCCUGAAUCAAGUAGGGAAGUAUUGAGGAAUGUGUAGUAUUAUUUAUAUUUUUUCCAGACACUUACAGUUUUCUGGUGCUGUGUAGAUUUUAAACAGACUGGAGAGACAUUUUAUGGGCACAACUAUGCAUAAUUACCUUCAACUGAAAGUAACCUGUGGCUAUGAUUUGGAAACCAACAAAAAUUCAACAAAAUUUAGCAUCUAUCAACAUGUACACUGAACUUUGUGAUAUGUGUAAAACCAAUUUAAAUUCCAUGCUAUUUUGAGGAUCUAUGAUGGUUCCUUUCAAACUUAUGGGAUUACUUUGGGCUUAGUGUAUUGCUGCCUCCCUUUAGAUACUUUUGCAUUUGUUUACAAUGUCUUCCAAAGAAGAAUCUAAGGCCUUGUACCAUGAUUUUAAGAAAAUUACAAUAAUCUUCAAUCACUUUUUUCUUCUCUCUGCUGCUAUGUUGGAUUAUCAAUGACUCAUACAGCUAUCAGAAAUAUAAUUGUAGUGUUAACAUGUUACAAGUUUAGGUUUAACAUUGUAUAACUUCUGAAGAAUAAAUUGGGAUUGGAACAUAUCAA